AUGGCAACAACCAAAAAAUCGACCACUACAUUGAACACUUAUGGUGAACGUCCCGUACCAUAUCAAUUUCCUGAUAUUCAAGAAAAAAUGUAUAUUGGAUCAGAAGUGGGUAACUAUUUACGUUUAUUUCGCGGAACACUCUACAAAAAAUAUCCAUCUUUAUGGCGACGUAUGAUUACAUUGGAAGAACGGAAAUGGCUAAUUAAACAAGGUUGCUCGGAAUCUUCAUUACCAACAAAUUUAACUUUAUUACGUGAAAGUGAAGUUGAUGAAAUAUUGGGUGGACACGACGAAAAAUAUCGAGCAUCAACAAUGAAUACAGAUUCAACCGUAACACGAACAGAUAAACCAAAACGAACCACAACUUUACCAACACUUUCAACUAAUUCUCAUUAUUUGGAUGCUGUACCAACUGCUACACCUGUAAAUAGAAAUCGAACAAUGAUAAAGAAAAAGACAUUCCCUAUAUGCUUUGAUUAUGUGGAUACAGCACGUAAUCUUGACAAUGCUGAACAACUCGAAGAUCUUGUACCUAUUCGAUUAGAUAUGGAUAUCGAAGGACAAAAAUUACGAGAUACAUUUACAUGGAAUAAAAAUGAACAAUUAAUUACACCAGAAAUCUUUGCUGAAGUACUCUGUGAUGAUUUGGAUUUAAAUCCUAUUGUAUUUGUACCAGCUAUUACACAAGCUAUACGACAACAACUUGAAGCCCAUCAUAAUAAUCUUCUUAAAGACAAUAGUGAUCAACGUGUCACAAUUAAAUUAAAUAUUCAUAUUGGCAAUGUUAGUUUAGUUGAUCGAUUUGAAUGGGAUAUGUCAGAUAAUCAAAAUAGUCCAGAAGAUUUUGCUCGUGUAUUAGCAUCGGAAUUAGGUCUUGGUGGUGAAUUUGUAACAGCAAUUGCAUAUAGUAUUCGUGGACAACUUAGUUGGUAUCAUAAAACAUCUUCAUAUAGUGAAACAUCAAUGCCAAUCAUUGAUGUUGGUAUGCGUACACAUAAUGAUGCUGAAGAGUAUUGCCCGUUUCUAGAAACAUUAACGGAUGCUGAAAUGGAUAAAAAGAUUCGUGAUCAAGAUCGAAAUACAAGACGUAUUCGUCGUUUGGCUCAUACAGGUUCAUCUUGGUAG